AUGACUGCUGCUCACAGAGGCAAACUUGAAGUUCCUCUUUGUCACCUAAACAAAAGAAUUAUGGGUGCAGGUUUUUUUGUCAUAAUUUGGAUUGCUGCCGUGAUGUUUAAGUCAAAUGAUAUUUUACGAAAGCAGAUAGCUCUGACGCGUAUGAAGUGUUUCUCUCUGCCGGGGGAGAGGAAAAUACCUAUUCUCAUUGGCAUCUCCUUCGUGUUUGGGCUUCAUGUGAUUGUUGUGCACUGGUGGUAUUGGAAUGAUGAUAUUCUGUAUCCAUUGAUCAUGGUUCCUCCAAAAGCUAUACCACCUUUUUGGCAUGCUAUCUUCAUCAUUAUGGUGAAUGAUACUUUGGUUUGGCAGGUAGCAAUGGUUCUCAAGUGUAUUCUACUAACGUACUACAAAAACAGCAGAGGGCGAAAUUACCGUAGACAGGGUCAGAUGCUAACUAUGGUGGAGUAUCUGAUUCUCCUAUACCAUGCCUUGUUGCCCGCACCAGUCUGGUAUCGUUUCUUCUCUACCAAAGAAUAUGGGAGCCUCUUUUCAUCAUUAGUGACUAGGAUGUACCUAACCUUCAAGCUCACAUCUGUAGUUGAGAAGGUCCAAUCUUUUUUUGCUGCAUUAAAGGCAUUGUCUCGCAAAGAGAGUCAUUACGGUGCUUACGCAACUUUAGAGCAGGUUAGAGGUUUUGACGUGAUAUGA